AUGAACAAAGCGUUAAGCCAAGUUUCCAAAUCACCCUUCACAAGAAAUAUAGAGGACGCGAAUCUUCCUCGGCGAUUUCAUCAGCCUACAUUCACCCUAUAUAAUGGUCGGACAGACUCGGUGGAACACGUUAGUCAUUUCAGCCAAAGGAUGGCUAUCUACUCCAGAGAUGAGGCUUUAAUGUGUAAGGUAUUUCCAUCAAGCUUGGGCCCGGUGGCGAUGAGAUGGUUCAACGGUUUAAAGGCUAAUUCUAUCGAUUCCUUUAAGAAACUUUCCCGGGCUUUUGGCGCUCGUUUUAUUACCUGCAGCAGGGUUCCUCGGCCGUUGGGAUCCUUGUUGUCUAUGUCUAUGCGAGAGGGUGAGACUCUUAAAACUUAUUCGGAUAGAUAUUGGGAGAUGUUUAAUGAGAUAGAGGGAGAGCAUGAUGAUGUGGCUAUAAGUACUUUCAAGGCCGGUCUUCCAGCUGAGCAUGAUUUGAGGAAGUCUUUAACUGGUAAACCUGUUACUAGUAUACAUCAAUUGAUGGAUCGGAUUGACAAGUACAGAAAAGUAGAAGAAGACCAACUUCAGGGAAAAGGAAAGGCUAAGGUAAUCCCUCAGGAGAUGAGGGAUUUUAGGUCGGACAGGUACAACAGUAACUGGCCUCAGAAAGACUUUGUUGGGCAGUCAGGUUCUGCCAACACCCAGGCGGUUAAUGCUGUGUUUCGGGAGCCGGUGCAACAGGUGCUGAAGAAGAUUAGGAACGAACCAUUUUUUAAAUGGCCUAACAAGAUGGCAGGGGAGCCUACGAGACGCAACCAGAAUCUUUACUGCCACUAUCAUCAAGAUCAUGGACACACAAUUGAUGAUUGCAGGAAUUUAUGGGUCCAUCUGGAACAACUAGUCCGAGAGGGGAAGUUGAAGCAACUCUUGCACCACUUCAGUGGUCGGGUAGGCCAAUUAGGCUCGGAGAUGCGGGGGGAUGCUUCUUCAAGUCUCCCCCUUGGCACAAUAAACGUUAUUUUUGCUGCCCCGGGGAGGACUGGCUCUUGUCCAUCCAGGGUACUAUCAGAAUCCCGAUCUCCGACCAAGGAGUAUAGCUCAACGUCUAAAAGAGCCAGGAUGGACAUCCCGUUGGUCUUGGGCUUUUCAGAUGAAGACAAAGUAGGAACCAUACAGCCACAUGAUGAUGCUCUGGUGGUCACACUGAGAAUCAGCGGGUACAAUGUGAGGAGAGUAAUGGUUGACCAGGGCAACGUUGCUGAUAUAAUGUACCCUGACUUAUACAAGGGGCUAGGCUUGAAGCCUGAGCACUUGACAACUUACAGUUCACCUCUGGUGAGUUUUGAGGGAAGAAUGGUCGUCCCAAAAGGUCAGAUCAGGCUACCUGUGCAGGCCGGUACGGAUAUGGUGGAGGUGGAGUUCAUCGUUGUAGAUGUUUUCUCUCCAUACACGGCUAUUAUGGGCCAACCUUGGCUCCAUACCCUGGGGGUAGUCUCCUCUACUCUACACCAGAAGGUAAAGUACCCAUCCGGAGGCCAAGUUUUGGAGAUAGUGGGAAGUCAGGCUAUAGCCUGGCAAUGCCUGGUAAUGGCUAUCCAACAUCGGCCAGAGGCGGAGACCUCGGCUACCGCCGAUAAUGAUUUAUAG